CCGAUGCCCCACAACAGCGGCCCUUCUAUAAAAUAGGUUGUCGGCUCAAUGGGCUAUUUGGUACAUUAACUGUCUCAAGACUAUAGAGCCAUGAAAUUGGGCGAAUAAAUAUAGGCGUUUCGUAGAGUAAAACAACCAGGUACUGCACUAAGCGGCUUUUUUGGUAGCGGUGUGAUAGUGGUAUUAAAAUAAUAGUUAACUGUCUUAUAAUAGAGUUAAAUACGCUUGACUCGAACAAUCUGCUGACUCGUGUCAAUCAUUCACUUACGUUUAAAGCAAAUUAGUUAAACGAAGAUUUUAAACCACACAAUUUUAGUAAAGGGACAAUAGUUUGCAUUUUAAGUUAUAUAACUUUAUAUGCAAAAAAAUCCAGUGUUCUAAGGGACAUAUUUAGUGUAGAUGCGCUUAGGUUGGAUAAAUAUUCAUUAGAGGCCAUGCAAGCUAUUUUUUGAGCAAAAGACAUUAUGAAAAAUUGGUAUUUUGAGCAAGUGCAAACUUAAAUGAAAGAUAUGAUGGGUGUAAACUGGUAUUUUACUAACUGAAAGGAUUAAGAGCAAUCCAAUGUGAUCUUUAAACAUUUAGGGGUUUGUAUUGUACAUUUAUGAUACAGUGAAAUGUUAAGCAACAUUGGACAAGUGAGUCUGAAGCAUUGAAUGAAGUUGUUUGAAUAGUGAUUAUAUGAGGAUAAACUGAAUGGGAUUACGUGAUAAUCGAGAUAUACGACUGAUUCAAAGAGAACGAUUUGGGAUAAGUGUGAGGACCUUACCAUGCUAGUUAAAAGCAAGUAGCCAUGGUUUCGGAAAUACCCACGUAUCGGCUACUCAUGUGGGUUUUUAUGAUGGGCUCAGUCACUCACAGUAGCCUCUCGUCUCUGGACAAGCACAGCCACAUUCCCCAAGAAUUCAAAGUUGUGCUUGCCAAAGUGUUCAAUGCAGAUUCCCCUGAUGCUAUUCCAGUCAGUGAGCUCCGUUCUCAUCUGCUACAACGGAGACGGCGUAGCGUGUCGUCUGACAUUCUCAUCAAUAUCACCACCGACGAAGAUGUAUUCCAUGUCCGUCUGACUCCAAAUCUCAAGCUUCUUGCCCCAGGCUUUAAGGUGUACCAUCGUCAUCCAUCAUCAGAUGAUGUCACACAAAAUGAUGAUGUCAUCACUGAAAAUGAUGAUGUCACUGUUGAAAGUGAGGCUGAAGAACUUGCUCACUGCCAAUUUAAAGGGACAGUAAUAUCACACCAGGAUGCUCCUGCGGCAUUCUCUCUGUGUAAUGGAGUGACAGGAGUGUUGAUGUUCCCCCAUGACGACUACGUCAUUGAGCCACUGCCAUCACAUCUUUCGAACCUUCAACAACACCGCCACCAUCAGCAGCAUCAUCAUAAAGAGCAGCAACAACACGAGCAUAAUCAUCAAAAUAAACGACACAAUGAGAAUCAUUUUAAAAGCUCAGUGAAACGUAGGAACCAACAUGGAAGUCAUUUGGAUCAGACCUCUCGUGACAAUGUGUUUGAUAACCAUGACAAUUUACCCCAUAACCAUGACAACCAGUUAGAAGGUCACUCUGGAAACCAGGAUGCAUCUUCAGCAAUUGAAAGACACACUCAUGUAUAUACUACAAAAGAUCCUGAACUAGGUCAUAGAAGAAAACAACAGCUAUCAAAACACUCUUCCCAUAGUGAUAAUAUAUAUAAUAAUACUGACCUUGCAAAUCAUAAAAGCAUAAACGUCAAGGUCAAAGGUCAUAGACUAAAUCAUCAUUCCAGUAAUAAUAUCAAAUCGGUUUAUGAUAAACCUUCAUUUUAUUCCAAAGAUAUUGACUAUGUGCAAAAUGACACUGUCAGCAAUACAAGUGCCAAAUUCAGUGACCUUGACUUUCAAGGUGAUGGGGUUAUGAAAGGUCAGUCAAAUAACUCAGGAAACGUGUCAGAAGAUGCGGUAACCGGUGGUGUUAAUAUUAUAGGCAAUUUUAUGCAUUCUGAUGACAGUAUGGAAGGCUGUCUUUCAAAAUCUCUAAAAUCAUCAGAAUCAUCCAAAUUACACCCACAACUUGUGGAAUCAACAGCACAUAGACACAUACUUUAUAAACGAUCAGCAUUACCCCAACAUCGCCAAGGCAAUUACGAGACUUCAAAAGAUUUCAACAACCAUGCAGCAUUCAGUGACCAAUCACGUUCUUCUCGACGGCGCAAGAAGCGUUCGUACGAGAGUGUGGAGCGUAGCGUUGAAACUCUGGUGGUUGUGGACCAGGACAUGUACCGUAAACAUGGCCGAGAGAAUGUUACCACUUAUGUCCUAAGCAUCUUUAAUAUUGUAUCCCAGUUGUAUCAAGACACCACUCUGGGAUACCCUAUCAACAUCAUCCUUGUUGGUCUAGUUUUUCUGGAUGGAAGGGAGCCAGGUCUGUACAUCAGCAAUCACGCAGACAAGACGCUGAACAGUUUCUGCCAGUGGCAGGCAGGCGUGCACAAUGGCCGCCGUAAGCUGCACGACCACGCCGUGCUACUGACCGGCAAGGACAUCUGCUCCUACCAGAAUGCCCCCUGUGACACACUGGGCUUUGCCCCUAUAGACGGUAUGUGCAGUGAAAUACGGAGCUGUAUAGUGAACGAAGAUACGGGUCUAUCUACCGCCUUUACUGUUGCACAUGAGAUGGGGCACAAUUUUGGAAUGAUGCACGAUGGCGAUGGAAAUGACUGCAAAGACACUGCUGGUUUCAUCAUGUCACCCACCCUGGCUGCCCAAAGCGGAACAUUCCAUUGGUCCCCAUGUAGCAGGCAGUACAUGAGGAAAUUCCUCAAUGCAGUCCAGUCCGAGUGUUUGACCAGCCAGACUCGGGGCACCGCAGAGCUCAAGUUCCCCAAUAAGUUGCCGGGGGAGAUCUUUGACGCGGACACACAGUGCAAGUGGCAGUUUGGAAGCCACUCCAAGAAAUGUACCAUCAUGUUUGGAAAGGACCCAUGCAUGAACCUGUUCUGUCACAAGCGGGAGGGGAUGUGUGAGACCAAGUUCCUGCCGGCCGCCGAGGGCACUUCCUGUGGUCCUGGUUUGUGGUGCAAGCAGGCCCGGUGUGUGAGCUACGGCAAAAAGGGGCCGACCCCUGUUGAUGGCUGGUGGACAGAGUGGGGCAGCUGGUCCCAGUGUACCCGCUCCUGUGGGGGAGGCAUCAAGUCACGUACCAGGGAGUGUAACAACCCCAGGCCUCAGUAUGGUGGAAAUACCUGCACUGGUCCUGAAGUGAUACACAAGAUGUGUAACCUGGUGGACUGUGAGAGUAGCCAGGGAGAUUUCAGGGAGCUCCAGUGUAAGCAGCUGGCCCAGGAGAACUUUAGGGGCUGGAACUACCGUUGGCGGUCCUAUAGGGAGGGGAGCCACAUUGAAGCUGAGGAUGAGUGCAAGCUGUAUUGUAAGGCAGACGGUUACAACUUCUACUACACCAUGCCUCGUGAGGUCACAGACGGCACCCGCUGUAACGACUACUCAACAGACGUCUGUGUGCAAGGCAAAUGUCAGAAGGUUGGUUGUGACCUCAUAGUGGGCUCGACAGCAAGGAAGGAUCGCUGUGGGGUGUGUGACGGAGACAACUCCACAUGUAAAAUAGUGGAGAAUGUGUUCACCCAACAACCAACCGAAAAAGCUUACUACGGAGUAGUCUACCUUCCCCGCGGCUCCAGCAGCAUCAGCAUAGAGGAGAUGGGGAUCUCCCGUAGCAACUACCUCGCCUUGCGCAACGUGCAGGGACACUACUUCCUGAACGGCAACUGGAAACUGAACUCUGAGGGAGUGUACAGCAUCUCUGGCACCAAGUUUGUUUACCGCCGACCCUAUAACAGUCCUGAAUCUCUCUCUGCAGAGGGACCCAUACUGGAGGAUCUUGUGGUGGAGGUGCUGAUUCAGUCUGAGAACCCUGGUGUGAAGUACAGUUUUACCGUGCCCAAGUACAGCAACUAUCUGCCUCCUGUACAACACAACUACACGUGGAGCGUGGUGCUCACAGAAUGCAGUCAGCCUUGUGCUGGAGGUGAGCAGACGGUGACCGCCCACUGUCACCGUGACGCUGGGGAGGAAGUUGAUCCCGCCUACUGUGACCCUCAGAAGAAACCGGGCACCGGACAAUACUCGUGUAAUACUCAGGCCUGUGAUCCCAGAUGGAUAGCCGAACCCUGGAGCGUGUGCCACAGGAGUUGUGGAGGGGGAAAACAAAAACGACGCAUUUACUGCAUGCAGCGGUUGUCAGUGUCGGAAGAUCGGCGUUUGCCGCGGAAGUUCUGUGCACAGGCUGACAAGCCUCCUCGAAAGCGGGAAUGCAACACUCACGAGUGUCCCCCUGUCUGGUAUACUGGCCACUGGUCAGAGUGCUCAAAGACAUGCGACAAGGGACUCAAGUCACGGAGCGUUGUGUGCCGCAGGAAGACACAGGAUGGCUACGUUGUACAGCCAGACAGCAUGUGCUCGGGACAGUCCAGGCCCGUCCAGCACAAAGGCUGCAGGGAAAAGAGGUGCCCAGACCCAAAUGUGGAGUGGACAACCACACCUUGGUCACAGUGCUCCAGUACAUGCGGUACAGGCAGUCUGAUGCGUGACAGGAAAUGUAUGAAGAAGACAAAGUCGGGCGAGAUGAUUGUGACCUUGGAUAAGAAGUGCCGUCACCUCCCUGACCUCAAUGUGACCUUGACCCAGCAAUGUGACCUUGAGCCCUGCCCUGAGAAACCUGAGUGGUAUGCCUCACCUUGGUCAAGGUGCAGUGUAACCUGUGGCAAUGGAACCCAAACUCGACUGGUUCACUGUAUUCAUCAGCAAUACCGGCGGCUAGCAAAAAAUUGUGAUGAGACAGUGAAACCAGACAGCUUACAGGAAUGUCUUCUUCAUCCAUGUAUAAAUCCAGGUCCUGUGUGUACAGACGAGUUCAGUUGGUGUCACCUUGUUCCAAAGCACAAUAUAUGUGACCACAAGUUCUACGGGACCAAAUGUUGCCUCUCAUGCACUCACAGAUGAUGUUUGAAUCAGCCUAGUAUUAGACUUAGUGCAGUAAAAUAUUGAAAAGCAUGUUUGCCUAAAGAUGUGUGUAUGGACUCGUUUUAUGGUGGUCUGCCCUUUGGCCACUGCUGAGACAGGUGUAUUUAAACUGCCAGUAAGUUGCUGUCUUCGGCCACUGAUGAGACAGGUGUAUUUAAACUGCCAGUAAGUUGCUGUCUUCAGCCACUGAUGAGACAGGUGUAUUUAAACCACUGAUGAGGCAUGUGUAUUUAAACCACUGAUGAGACAGGUGUAUUUAAACUGCCAGUAAGUUGCUGCCUUCAGCCACUGAUGAGACAGGUGUAUUUAAACCACUGAUGAGACAUGUGUAUUUAAACCACUGAUGAGACAGGUGUAUUUAAACUGCCUGUAAGUCGCUGUUCAACACCAGGAUAUGGGCUGAGCUCUUUGAAAGGGGGUAAAAUGCAUGUGUGUAAAGUGUUGUCCCAGAUAAGCCUGUGCAGUCCACACAGGCUAAUAAGGGACGACACUUUUUGCUUCUAUGAUAUUUUUCUUUUAAAGAAAGUCUGUUUUAAGCAAAAAUUCAGUUUAGGCGGAAAGUGUCGUUCCUGAUUAGCCUGUGUGGACUGCACUGGCUAAUCUUGGAUGAUACUUUAAGCACAUGCAUUAAGCCCCUAUUUCACAGAGCUCAGCUCAUAUGUGUUAUGGAUUCAGUUGUGUUACAGUUUCAAAGUGGAAGCAUAUUGUGGGUAGUACAAGGUCUGAAUCCAAUUUGCAUGGUUGUGUUAUGAUCAAACAAGAGAUGCGUUUGUCAGAAACACAAUGACCCCUUCUGCGCCGCUUUGAAGCCAUAUAUUUGGCCUUGAAGGAUGACCUUGACCUUUCACCACUCAAAAUGUGCAGCUCCGUGAGAUACACAUGCAUGCCAAAUAUCAAGUUGCUAUCUUCAAUAUUGCAUUUUGUGAGGUGAAAGGUCAAGGUCAUCCUUCAAGGUCAAAUAUAUGGCUUCAAAGCAGCGCAGUAGGGGGCAUUGUGUUUCACAAACACAGCUCUUGUUUAUUUGUUGAAUUGUUUUUAUCCUGUUUGAUAUAUUGACUGCCUUUUUUGGGGUACUGCAUUUAAUGUUUUUGGGUACAUGUAUGUUGCCACUGUGUAAUUGUCUGCUAAAACCAUCGGUAAGGGCAAUCCCACCAAAGUGGCCGGCAAUGCCAGAUAUUGCCCCUUGUAUAGGCAACAAGUGUACAAUUAGUAUUAAUGUCAAGAAAUUUGUUCAGUACUAGCUUCUUUAGUGAUAUCACUUUUGAUGUAUGUAUUUUUCUGAAGUUAUUUUAUUAACAAACAUUUUAAAGAGUGUCUUUUGAAUGUUUUCUUUUAAAUGAAUAUUUUAUGUACAUUAAGCAUCAAUGUCUUCCAAAUAUGCAACUGCCCUGUCUAAAAAUGAGAGGGAUCAGAUGGUUAGAUGAUUUGUAUUUUGUUUAUGUGGGCCAGUUCCCACUGUUUACCUGUACAUUUACAUGUAUCUUUGACCUGCCAAUGUACACUAUGAGAUUAUAUUAUAAAUCAA